UAAACAAAUAUGGCGCCGAAGCCGCCGAAUGCCGCCUUCAAGAAUCAUGGCUGACAUACGGGACAUAUUAGACAUAAACGAGGCUCCUGUCCCUCAGGAGCCCAUGACUAAGGAAUCUAUACUGGGUCAUGAAAAGCAUCGGAAGAAGCCAAAACCUCUUCGGGAUGUGGUAAAGAGGCCUGAAGGCAUGCACAGAGAGCUGUAUGCUUUGCUUUACACUGACAACAAAGACGCUCCUCCUCUAAUACCUUCAGACACUGUUGGGACGGGUUAUAAACAGAUGAAAGCCAAGCUUGGCAUGCGAAGAGUUAGACCAUGGAAGUGGAUGCCCUUUACAAACCCCGCCAGGACAGAUGGUGCUGCUUUUCAUCACUGGAGAAGAGCUGCUGAUGAAGGCAAAGAGUACCCAUUUGCUCAGUUCAAUAAGAAAGUACCAGUUCCAACUUACACAGACGCAGAAUACCAGCAGCACUUGAAUGUUGAUAGCUGGACAAAGGAAGAGACUGACUCACUCUUUGACCUAUGCCGUAGAUUUGAUCUGAGAUUUGUGGUAAUUCAUGAUAGGUGGCAAACAGAAAAGCAAAGAUCCAUCGAAGAACUCAAAUCUCGCUACUACGAAGUGUGUGGGCUCUUAACAAAGGCAAGAUCAACAGGGCCGCAUGAGCCAAAAGUUUUUGUUUUUGAUGCUGAGCAUGAGAGGAGGAGAAAAGAGCAGUUAAAGAGGCUGUUCGACAGGAAGCCAGAGCAGAUUGAAGAAGAGCAAAUGCUGCUUGCUGAGCUCAGAAAGAUAGAAGUCCGUAAGAAGGAACGAGAAAAGAAAACGCAGGACUUGCAAAAAUUGAUCACAGCCGCAGACAGCCAAGCUGAACCGCGAAAGCUGGACAAGAAGGCUCAAAAGAAAAAAGUGCCCCAACAGCAGGCUCGCCCGAAACCAGAGGCAGUGCCCACAUUGGACUUCACGGGAAUUAAAUUUCCGGACUUUAAAAAUAGUGGCGUGUUUCUGAGAUCGCACAGGAUGAAACUGCCCUCGAACGUCGGACAGAAGAAGAGCAAGGCGAUUGAACAGAUGCUGCAAGAGCUCGGCGUUGAGGUUAACCCCAUGGCCACACCCGAAAUUUGCACGCAUUUCAAUGAGCUGAGAAGUGACAUGGUUCUCCUCCACGAGUUGAGGUCAGCAUUGACCAACAGUGCUUAUGAACUACAAACUCUUCGCCACCAGCAUGACGCUCUCUGCCCAGGAAAGAACGUGCAGCACAAGCCUCUCCCCCUGCCGACCAGCACGCUAACCCCUCUCUGCAACACCUCUUCAACCACCCAGAUUCAACAAAGUCCAACUAAGAUACAAGGUGGGGAAAUCAUUGACGUUGUCGGCUCGCCUGGAACCCCGACUGUCGUAACACCAUCAAAUUAAAAGAUUAUCGUAGGAAUAAAAUGAAUUAGUUUAAUAAA